AUGAAGUACAUAAGAACCAACAGCUUGAAAAGGCUUUUCUCAUUGAAAAGACGCAGUCUUGAAGAUGUAGUUUUCACCAAUGAAGAAGAAAAACACAGUGAAAACUCCAAGGCUGUUCUAGAACAUUCUCCAAGACCCUCUUGGAAAUGCUUCUCUUUCAAAGAAAUAUUUGAUGCCACCAGUGGCUUUAACCCAGAGAAUUUGGUCGGGAAAGGAGGCUAUGCAGAGGUUUACAAAGGAGUGUUAGGUAAUGGAGAGGAGAUUGCCAUAAAGAGGUUAACAAAAGCUUGUAGGGAUGAGAGGAAAGAGAAGGAGUUUUUGACAGAGAUUGGGACAAUUGGUCAUGCCUGCCAUCCUAAUGUGUUGUCCUUGUUGGGUUGUUGCAUUGACAAUGGGCUUUAUCUCAUCUUUCAUUUCUCCUCUAGAGGCUCUGUUGCUUCCCUUCUUCACGAUGAGAAUUUGCCAGUGAUGGAUUGGAAAACAAGGUACAAGAUUGCCGUUGGAACUGCUAGAGGGCUUCAUUACUUGCAUAAGGGAUGUCAAAGAAGGAUAGUUCACCGUGACAUUAAAUCUUCAAAUAUCCUUCUGACAGCAGAUUUUGAACCACUGAUAUCUGAUUUCGGAUUGGCAAAAUGGCUUCCAUCUCAAUGGACUCACCAUUCAAUCGCUCCAAUUGAAGGAACAUUCGGGCACUUAGCACCUGAGUACUAUAUGCAUGGAAUAGUGGAUGAAAAAACAGAUGUGUUUGCAUUUGGAGUCUUUCUACUGGAGAUCAUUUCUGGCAGGAAACCAGUUGAUAGCUCUCACCAAAGCAUACACAACUGGGCAAAACCAAUAUUAAGCCAAGGAGAGAUUGAAAUGCUGGUGGAUCCAAGGCUUGGAGGGACCUAUGAUGUUAGACAGCUGAAAAGACUUGGCUUUGCUGCAUCUCUCUGCAUCCGGGCAUCUUCUACAUGGCGUCCUGCCAUUAGUGAGGUAUUGGAAGUAAUGGUAGAAGAGGAGACGGAUAAAGAACGGUGGAAGAUGCCCAAGGAAGAAGAGCAAGUAGAACUCUGGGGUUUUGAAGAUCUAGAAUAUGAAUGUGACAGUUCCUUCUCAAUUUCUCCACAGGAUUCAAUCUCUACCAGAAGUACUAUGACCAUUAUACAUUAG